AUAACCCCAAGGCACAGCCAAAGUUAUUGCCCACAGCAAGCAUAUACAUUGCCAUAAAGGAACUGAGUUGCCAAGGAGUUGACGGAAAUUGCCCGCUACAGCGGUAUUGAGCGGUUGCGGUUUGUGGGCAUGUGCGACGCCAUAAUUAUAAGCAGUUUAGUAUUGAACUCCAUAUAUGCAUGCCUGAUAGCACCUGCCAUCGCUGACAGGACUUUGCGAAGCCAGCUGGCACAGAGCACAGACCGAGCUGCCCCGCGCGGGGCCCUUUACAUUGUUGUGACUUGGUCCUUUACACAUUUACACCGGUACUGUGCGCAAAUGCCGUUGCACCGGCGCGCUCCCUCGACGACCGACCUUCCACCGCGGUCCCCCGCGCUGCCGUCACUGUACGGGCUGAGGACGCCGCCGACAUGCCCGACGUCGCCGCUCAUGGGCCUGGGGCUGGGCUACGGCUCCACCUCUGGCGGUGCCGGCGCGCUGGGCGGUGCUAGCACGCCCCUAGCGAGCAGCGGCACCAGCACUCCAGUCCGGGGCGCGUCACGCUGCGUGUCCACGGCCGCGCUGCCUCUGGACGUGCUGCCGCCGCCCUCCACCCACGUCCUCUCAAACUUGGUUGGCGCCGUUUACGAGGCCAACUUCACGGCGGCACAGUGCUACUCCGCCUACCCCGGCCGUGCGCCCCAGCCGGGCCUGGCCCGCCUGCCGCCUGCUCCGCCGCUGGUGGGCGGUGUGGUGGACGCCAGCUCCGCCAACCUCAAUGCCGCGGCCGCCACCCCGGAGGCCGCCGCGGCCGGCAUCCCCAUGGCCACGGCGCCCUCCAUGGCGCAAGGGCGCUUCAAGCCCAUGGGCGUGUCGGGCGGGGGCGCCGCCGGCCUGUCCGGCAGCGGGGUUGUACUGAACGACAUUGACGACCUCAACUUCGGCCUCGCCACCUGCCUGGCCACACCCAUGGACCCGGGGCCCGGCCUGGAGCGGCGGCUGGCGCCCAUCCCUGCCACCACCACCACCGCCACCGCGGCCCGCAACGCCGCCGUGAAGCUGCACAGCGCCAACGACAUCCUCAACGACGCCUCCCGCUACGGCGACUGGGUGCGGCGCACGCGGCGGCGGCGCAAGCUGGAAAUCAUGCAGGGGGCGCUGGCGGAGCUGAGCGGCGCGGGCGGCGGCGGCAGUCCGGUGCUGGGCCGCCUCAUUGACGACACGCUUCUGCCCAGCACCACCACCACCAUGUCCACGUCUGGAGGGGGCAGCAGGCAGAGCGGAGACGGCCGGCCACGCAACAGCCGCGGCGGAGGCGGAGGUGGCGCGGCGUCGGCUUCUGUGGGGCGCAAGAGCCGCGGCGGUGCCCUGGUCCCCACGGGCUCUGUGCCGUUGGUCGCCGCUACUGCCGCCGCCACUGCCCUGGCCGCAGCACCUCCCGCUCCGGACCCAGCUCCUGCUGCAGGCGCCAGCACCAGCAGUGCUGGUGCCGGUUCUGACAGCUCGCCCUCACGCAAUGCCGGCGCGGGCGCAGCCGUCGCUGCCGCCGCCGCCGCCGGCCACGUGGCAGUGCACCGGCCGCAGGUGAUGGUAGCGGCGUUCAGUGCGGUGGUGGAGAUGGGCGAACAGGAGUGGGAGUUGGCGGAGCAGCAGGAGGCGGCGGCGGGGGCUGCGGGCAUGUCGUCUGGGGGCAGGCGCUCGAGCUGGCCGGGGCAGCCGCAGCAGGCCCAGACCGGAGCUGAGGCUGGGGCCGGCAGUGCGGAUGAGGCGGUGUGGGCCUCGUCCUCGGGCCCGCUGGGCUCGUCCCCGGCCGAGGGCCUGAACGCAGCUAUGGAGGCGCCUGAGGAGCAGCCGCAUGACGCCGCCUGGGGGAAGGAUGAUGACGGUUAUGAUGAUGACGGCAGCUACUAUGAGGAUGAGGAUGACGACGUGUUUGGCGAUCACAGCUUCCUUGGCUUCAGGGACGAUAUGGCGCUGCUUGGAUGAUGAGCAAAGACUUGUGGCGCCCCACAAGGGCGGCUACAUUGUGGGGUGGCCCUUGAGAGUGGCCUGCCAUGCGGCGAUGACGAGCGAGACGACAACGACACUCCACUUACAGGCCGACACCAGGUGCCGCAAGGCACCGGGUUGUCUCUCAAAAGUAUCAGCUUGGCUUGAGAAGACUAAGACGUGACCUCAGUGCUUCAUGUGUGUUCUAAUGGUGUUAUCGCAUGAUGGGCCAGAACGGACGUAGGCGUGUGGGUUACGUGGGGCAGAGCAGGUGAUCAUUAAGAAGCCUAAGCAGUUAUAGGCCCAAAUGCGCCAGUGAGCAGGUGGCCGAGGGGGGUUAGUUAGCAGGUGAUUAACAGAGCACAGGGGAGGGGAGGGGAGUGCGUAGCCGGCGGUGGCUGCAAUUAAUAACCCGUCAUCUCGGGACAUGAUAUCUUUUAUAAUUCUUUUCUCACACAUAUACAAUGUAUUAUAGUCAUGCUGUGAGUUCGCGUGAGUUGGAGGUCGGUUUAGGGUCUUCGCAUACUUCUCGUGCACAUAUCUGAACAGGUCACGUACUUACAUCGGUGCACAUGCAUGAGCUUGUAAUCAGGCGCCCUCUUUCUCACGCGUGUCCGUGAAAGUCGCCUUCCAUGGGUUAGCGGCGGCAAUUGUCGCCAGCGGGUGCACGGGCACAAUUCAACUAGCUGAUAAGCAGAGUUUUACGCUCAUAAGCAUCGUGUCGCGAAGGACGCUAGCUGGUGCCUGGAGGCGCGUGGUUGGCGGUAUGGCGCUCACUGCGGGUACGCAGCUGCGCUCCUCUUGGUGGGGACCUCCACC